CAUGACUCCUUUCUCUUUUUCAGAAAAUAACGAAGACGGUCUUCUUGCGACAAUUGACCGAUGCAUCCACAGAUCUCAAGAAGAUUCUUGCGGAAAAGAUUCCGAGAGAGCAGGAACGUGUCAAAGCCUUCCGUAAGAGUCAUGGAGCCACUAAGGUCGGAGAAGUUACUGUCGACAUGAUGUACGGCGGUAUGCGCGGCAUCAAGGGUCUCGUGUGGGAGCCAUCGGUGCUCGAUCCGGAGGAAGGCAUCCGUUUCCGCGGUAAGUCGAUCCCCGAGUGUCAGAAACUUCUACCGAAGGCGGCCGGUGGCUCGGAACCACUUCCGGAGGGUCUCUUCUGGUUGCUGAUUACCGGCGACGUACCCACGGAAGCGCAGGUGAAGGCCAUCUCGCAGGAAUGGGCGGCCAGAAGCUCAUUACCCGAACACGUGGUCAAGGCCCUCAACAAUUUCCCCAAGACUCUGCAUCCAAUGACGCAGUUUUCCGCGGCGAUCACGCUGCUGAACAGCGAGAGCGAAUUCGUCAAGGCAUACAAUAAGGGUGUGCACAAGAGCAAGUAUUGGGAAACCGUGUACGAGGACUCGAUGAAUCUGAUUGCCAAGCUGCCGGUGGUGGCGGCCACCAUUUAUCGUAACAUCUACAAGGGCGGCAAGGGCCUGGGCUCGGUCGACGCCGGUAAGGACUGGUCCUGGAACUUCGCCAAUAUGCUCGGCUACGACAAUCCACAGUUCAUCGAGCUGAUGCGUCUCUACCUGACGAUCCAUUCGGAUCAUGAGGGCGGUAACGUGUCCGCGCACACCACUCACUUAGUAGGAUCAGCCCUGUCAGAUCCGUUCCUGUCCUUCGCCGCCGGUAUGAAUGGACUGGCUGGACCGCUCCAUGGACUGGCCAAUCAGGAGGUGCUGGUGUGGUUGGAGAAGCUACGCUCUCAAGUCGGUGACAAUCCGAGUGAUGACAAGCUCAAGGAGUUCAUCUGGAAUACGUUGAAGAGCGGCCAGGUUGUGCCCGGUUACGGACACGCCGUUCUCAGGAAAACCGAUCCGAGAUACACGUGCCAGAGAGAGUUCGCGUUAGAACAUUUGCCGGACGACACAUUGUUCAAGUUGGUCGCGCAGGUAUACAAGGUGGUACCGCCAAUCCUACUGGAGACCGGCAAGGUGAAGAACCCGUGGCCAAACGUGGACGCUCACUCGGGUGUGCUGCUGCAAUACUAUGGCAUGAAGGAAAUGAACUACUACACGGUCCUGUUCGGCGUAUCGCGCGCGUUGGGCGUGCUUGCUUCCCUGGUGUGGGACCGCGCUCUAGGAUUGCCCAUUGAGAGGCCUAAAUCCCUCAGCACCGAUCUUCUUAUGAAAGCUGUCAAAGCUUAAGAAUGCCCGUCUAUCACUUAAUCGACGAUCGUCAUCGGCAUUACUUUGAAAUCAAUCUCGUCGUCCCGAUCUCGUUCAAGCGAAACCGGGAACGUCGCGAAAAGGUAUUUUGAUGCCGACCUCGACGGAGUCGCCUCAACGACUCCGCGCCUUAUCAAGUGAACGAGAGUAUGAAUUGCAGAGUGAAAGAGCGAGAGAAUGAAAGAGAGAAAGAGAGAGAAAGAGAAUGUGCGAAAAAAACAAGGCUAGGUAUUAAACACGACAAAUAAUUAUGCUAUAAUAAUGUAUUAUCUAAAUGUAGAAUUAAGAGCAAAUACAUCAAUAUUCCGCGUCAACGAAGCGGAAUUCGCAUUAACUUUCUUCCUGUUGGUAUUUUCGAAUAUAAGCGAUUACAAAGAAUCGUAUUAGUUAUGAUAUAACUGUAUAAAUAUAAUAUAAUUAAUACGACUUUCAAAUCGCUGGUAUUCAGAAAAUAUUGCGGGGAAAGUUACAUGAAAUGCAGUUGUUGCGACGUAGCUGCUUGUUUAAGCGGAAACGUAGAUUGGUCCAAUAGUGGAAACUGCCAAACUCGUGAGAAAAUUUAAAAGACAACGUACAAAUCCAAGAGUUGAGUUUGAGUCUUUAAAUACAAAAAUAUCUCUUAGACUUUUGAAAGACGUCUUUCGUAGGAUGUGACAUUAUUUGGAAAUAGACUCACAUAAAAUAGAGAGACGCAUCACAGAUAGAUAAAGCAUUAUUGUAAAUAUACUCAUCGCUCUCGAUAUUCAGUAAUUCGUUAAUUAUCGCCAGAGAUUUAGGAGAAAAGGUUGAUUGCGUAAACGCGAGAUUUAGAACGAUAGUCAACGUAUUAGCAAUUAAUUUCAGCAACACGAAGUGAAAAAUGGCAAUUAAAUAGCAGAUUCAUAUUACGUUAACUCCAGAUAACAAAAAAGUUUAGACAUCUAGAAGAUGGUCCAAUCCAGCUCGGACCAUCGUUAUUCGGACGAUUUUCUUGGCUGCCUCUCAGACUUUUGCGUUGUACUAGCUCGAUGACGACACGAUGUAGGAAUUAGUACAUUGUAUUAGUACACUGUCUUGCCUUGUCAUUCGAGAGAUACACUGCCUAAAAGUGUAUAUUACAUUCUUUUAAUUAAUAAAAAAGUAAACCUUGUUGAAAGCUAAUUUUCAUGAAUAGAAAAUAGAUUUCGAGACAAUAGUCGCUAAAACGCAAAGUCGCGUAGUCCUAAUUAAUUUGAAUGUAAUUCUCCUGGGGGACUGUUAGUUUACUAUCUCACUUCUCUCUCAGGAAGUUUAUUGCAAUUAAAAUGUUCUUAGAAUGGCGGAAAAGAUAAUAUUACUGUGCUGCAAGUUGCUGUAGUUGCCGAAUACUUAAGAGCGAGCAAAUAGGUGCGGAAUGAUCAACAAGCACUUAAAUAUAGCAGUCAACAGUCUCGUCGAACGGCUAACGCGGUUACUCGAUCGUGGCGAGUUGUCGCGCAUAAAAUUAAGGAGCAUGGCCAGUGGUGGAACCACUGUUAUCACAAUGAACGAGUGUGUGCGUAUCUUAUUUAUAAUGAAAAUGUGAAAAUAAAUGAACUAAAGGUAACCGGCUGAAAUCCUCUUUCUCAGAGUUUGGAACUCGCAACAUUAAUGUAUGUCACUCGACAUAAAAAGAAAUGCCUAACUUUAAAGAUCUAACUUUUUGAUUUACAAAAAUGAUAUAGAACUAUUAUUAUUUAUCAAAAAGCAAAAAUUGGAAAAAGGGAUGGAAUUAUUAUGGUGGAGGGAAAUAAUGAAGAUCUGUGUUUUUUAUUGAUAGAAACUGAUUUAUUUGACAUCACACAUUUUAGCCUUUUUGUUAUUACUUAAUAAAAUUGUACAGGAGACACUUCCCCCCCUCUCCCCUCUGGGAUAUAUAUAUAUAUAUUAUACAAUAUUAUUAGAUAAAGACCAAUAAAUCGCGAAAAUGGAUUGUGUGAUUUCUCGUAAUCGUUAUUCCGACAGAUCGAACGUGUAUGUAAUUCGUAAAAUUAACACGAAUUACAUCUUUUUUUACGCGCGUACUUGCUUCGCCAACAAUCGAUUAAUGUUAAAACAACCUAUGUCUUGUACUUUACAUUUCAGAAAAUUUUUUACACGAUUACAUAAAGAAGACGGACAUGUCCGAGAAUAAAUUCGACAUAAUAGCCCCGCGUAUAGAAUUUCUAUGGGGAAACAAUGUGCACACGAGAUACAAUUCUUAUGUCAUCAACAUCUAAGAAUCCGUUUCUCUCUCAAUAUGAGAAAGACGACGUUAUUAAUUUUUAUGUAACUUUUAAGCGUUAAGAUCUCACUCUGACAUUAGACGGCAUUAUUAUUUCUCGCACGAUGAUGAUUAAUAACAAUUUCCUAUAAUAAUCUUGGCCUUAUACCCGUCUCUCAUAUCGAUAAUUUCUCAGCAUUGAUAUAGUUUAAUUUUUUUCAUAUAAGCUACACAAUAUUAAUAUUAUAUCUAUUGGAGUAUUUUACGCACUACAUAAAAGAUAGAUGUUACACUUACGAUUUAAAUAAAGACAAAAACGAGACAGCUGUCAGUUGGGGGACAAGGAAAUUCCGUAUAAUUUCGCGAACGUCCCUCUCGACAUCCUGGUGGCAUAUAAUAAUCGCGGGUGAAUGGAAUGGAAAGAUGAGUUUCCUUAAAUGGCUAAGGACUCGCGCUUUCUUUAGACGAGAAAAUUGAAGAAUAAUUAUAAUAACUAUUUACAAUAAUUAUAAUAACUAUAAUAAUAACGUAUAUAAUUAGGGUUAAGAUGCUUUUAAAGCAGAUCUUUUUGAUUGAUCUAGAAAAAAUAAAAAGGAAUAAAUUGAAAAGAGUAAGCAAACAAUCAGUGAAAAGGUGGACGAGUUUUUUUUUUUAUUCAAAGCUUUCCAUUCACCUAUCGCGAUACUAUCUGUGCGUUACACCUUGGAGAAUCUUAUCAGUCUUCCUUCACACAUUAUCGGUUUUAUCUAUUGAUUCUUUUUUUUUUUUUUUUACUUUUCGCGCGACACGUAAUUCGUAUCUCUCAUCAUCUGACCAGCAAACAACUGUCUCAGAAUUGAAUCCACGUAUCACAGAGCAGUUCGUAUUCUGCCACGAAAGGUUUCUCAUCGAUCGGGUGACCUUGCCGCGAAUCUGCUCGGGCCCUUACGUACGCGAACGUCGUAAAAUAUCGUACUCCCGUCCGACGUUACUUUUUUCUUCUUUUUUUUUUCUACAUAGCUCGCUCUCUUAACGAGAAGUAUAAAAAACUAUGUACACAGGUGCACUUCUGUUGCGCUCUUAUGUCAACUGAGUACAAAUAAUGUUAGUUAUCUUCAUCUGCCUGUUUUCCACUGCUGAAUGCGGGUGGACGGGAUAAAGUUUCACACUCUUCCACCAUGUAAUAAUUUGCAUAAGUAAUCGAUAUAACUUUUUUAAUGGAAGCGAUUGAACCAUGGAUUUAUGGUUCGAUUUGAUAAACGUUUAAUUAUGGCGAUCAACGCU